AUUUGUUGAUAAGGUCCAGAAAACAACUUUUUGUGAGUUAAGACGAAAUGUCAACUGAAGGUGCUUCAUGCUCAAGUGAAAUUUCAGUGAACGUAAGCGACGCAUUCCAACGUAUUAUGCUGAAUAAGAGAUUCGGAAGCUGGAUUGAAUUAGAUAAUGCGCUAAAGGAUUUCCAUAAAAUGACCCAUACACACUAUGUUCACGCAGAAAGUAGAUUGUUGAAGGAUGUGAGAUAUAAAUACUUGUUCGUAGUGUUUCGUUGCACGUUUGGUCGUAAACGUAAAUCAGAAGGUCUGAAUGUGAAUAAAAAACCGUCUAAAUUUUUAAAUUGCCAAUCGAUGUUUCGCGUAAGAUUGGAGGGUCAACAAUACGUUAUAAAAUCUUACAACAUGACUCACAACCAUCCGUGUACUAGUUCGUGGAUGGUUUGUGAUCCGUUGAGUAGACGAUUGUCAUCAGAAGAAAAAGAAAACUUGAAACCAGUUAUAUUGCACUGUCAGUCGACGGACGAAGUUAUCGAAAGUAUUAAGGAAAGAACAGGUAAGCAGGUGACCGCUGCUGAUGUGAAAAAUAUGAAAGCUGAACUCUCCACUGGUUGGACUCGGAAGCAGGUAUUGCAGAUGAUGCGACAAAACGAUGAAGUUAGAGAGCAUGCAGAAAAUGGAUCUAUUACGGCGAUAUGCUUCAGCAGUCAUGAUCAGAUGCGGCUGUACAAUCAAUAUCCCGAAGUCGUGUGUAUUGAUUCUACUUAUAAAACUAAUAAUAAAAAGUGAAUAUGAUUUUCGUUUUGUUCUACUACAGAAUAAUAAACCGCAGAGACAGAGUGAUAGGCCAGUACCUAUCACGUUUCUGGAUGCCACGUAAAACAAUGUGGGCGCGUACCUUUUACGGCAGUGUAUUAACUUUGGGUAACAACACGAAUAAUCGUGUUGAGUCAUUAAAUAGGCAGAUUAAAAGAUAUGUACGCAAAAGCGACCGCUUGCACAAAUGCAUGUACAAGGCUUUUAAGUGGAGUUCAAUGACAUUCUCUAGAAAAAGCAUGGAAGACCAAAUAAUCAGUGGACGAACAUACAAUUAUGAUGCUCCACAGCGUCUUAUACCCUUGCUGAACAUGUUGACCCCAUUCGCAAGAUCCAAAGUGUUAUACGAACUAAAAAGAAUGCGUUUCGUUAACUUAGAAU